GUUUGCUGUGGAAAAUCUAAUCUCUUUCUGAGGUUCGCUUGAUUAUGUCAUGUGCAUAAGGAUGAUUUCUCCAGUGUGAAGUCAACUGGUUGGGGGCUUUAAUAACAUUGGCACCUAGAUUACUGUUUGAUUAACUGAGAAAAGGUAUUUGUAUGCUACAAAAGGACUGUUGUCCUCUCUUCCUUUGUUUAACCUAAUGAAGUUGACAUACUAGAAAUUAUCACAGGUGGGAAAGCAGCACUCUAGUCUCAUCUUUGCUACUAUCUGGCAAAGAACUCUUGAGGUCACAGACUUAUCUCCUGGUAUUUGUGGCACAGAAGGAGAUUCCUCUCCCAACCUCACUGGCCGUGAGUUACUGAACUCUAACAGUUUGGAGUUUGCCGAGGUAGCGUCUUUUUGUUGCACUGUUUUCACGUCUGUCUCUACUUGCAGACUGCCUAAUUCUUUUUCAUUUAAUUUAAAUUUUUAUUUUGUUGUUGAGAAUAUACACAGCAAAACUUACACCGGUUCAGCAGUCUCUACAUGUACAUAUAUUUAGUGGCAUUGAUUGCAUUCAUUGAGUUGUACAGCCAUUCUCACCUUCCUUUAAUGAGUUGUUCCUCCUCUAGUAACAUAAAUUCGCUGCCCCCUAAGGUUCCUAUCUAAUCUUUUGAGUUGCUGUUGUCAACUUGAUCCUAUAAAGAUAGUUCUUAAAGCAUAAUGUUCAAGGCAGACAUUUUUUACUAGUUAAACUAAACCAUUUAUUGGUUUUAAGAAAACUUCAAUAGAUAUUUUUGGUUUAAGGUUUAAAGCUUAUUUCAGGGCAAUAGUUUCAUGGGUUCCUCCAACCUUCAAGGCUCCAGGAAGUCUGGAGUGUGUGAAAAUUUGAAACUUUGCUUUGCAUUUUCCCCCUUUUGAUCAGAAUUCUUCUAUAGAGUCUUUGAUCAAAAUAAAUGUUCCAUAAUGGUAGCCAGGCAUCAUCCAGUUCUUCUGGUCUCUUGGCAAAGGAGGCAGUUGUUCAUGGAGGCAGUUAGCCACACAUUUCCCUAUCCUCUUAGUAUUCCUGACUUUUCUCCUUCCUCUGUUAAUCCAGGUGAAUAGAGACUAAUUGUUGUGCCUUGGAUGGCCACUUGCAAGGUUUUGCAAACUAAUUCUUUUUUUUUUCAACAAUAGUUUAUUUUAUUUAUUUUUUUAUUAUACUUUAGAUGAAGGUUUACAGAACUAAUUUCUCAUUAAACAGUUAGUACAUAUAUUGUUUUAUGACAUUGGUUAACAACCCCACAACUUGUCAACACCCUCCCUUCUCAGUGUUACCAGCUUUCCUCUCUGGUCCUGCCUUCUAGUCCUUGCCCCAGGGCUGGUGUGUCCUUUUAUUCUCCUUUUGUUUUAUGGGCCUGUCUACUCCUUGGCUGAAGGGUGGACCUUGGGAAUGACUUCAUUACUGACCUGAAAAGGCAUCCGGGGGCCAUACUCUCAGGGUUUCUCCAGUCUCUGUCAGAGUAGUAAGUCUGGUCUUUCUUUUUGAGUUAGGAUUUUGUUCUGCAUUUUUCUCCAGCUCUGUCUGGGACCCUCUAUUGUGACCCCUGUCAGAGCAGUCAGUGGUGGUAGCUGGGCACCAUCUAGUUGUACCAGUAAACUGCAUAAUUCUUAACUGAGAAUUUGUGGUUGAUUACACUACACGCCAGUACUGUGAGUUUUUCUAAGAGCUACAGGCUUGGUAGGCAUAUGAUGUGCCUUCCCUGUUAUUGCAGGUAAGAAUCUUAGCAAGUGUUUUGCCACUGCAUAACAAGGGCCAUUAGCUUUCCAGCCUGAGAUAUGUUUCCUAGCUGCCUGACCUCUAAGCCUUAUCAGAGUUUUUAGGAGUUUCUUACACGGCACUACACUUCUAAUUUACUGUAUCAGUUAAGGCAUAGGAUAGAUUGUUUGAGCAAAGAGACUCCAAAACGCAGGUGGCUCAAACAAGGUAGAAGUUUGUUUCUUUCUUAUGUGAUACUUCAGAGAUAGUCCUUCAGGUCUUGCAUGGAUCUGAAUUCCUGCUGUCUUAUUGUUACAUCAUGCCUUAAGCUAUGCUGUCCAUAAUGGUAGUCACUAGCCACAUGUGGCUGCUGAGUUCUUGAAAUGUAGCUAGUGUAACUGAGGAUCUGAAUUUUUAGUUUUUAUUUAAUUGUAAUUAAUUUAAAUAAUUGUAUGUGGCUAGUGGCCACCUGGAGCCCUAGUGGCAUAGUGGUUAAGUGUUUGGCUGCUAAAGCAAAGGUUGGCAGUUCAAAUCCACCAUCCACUCCUAUGAAACACUUUGAGGCAGUUCUCCUCUGUCCUAUAGGGUCACUGUGAGUUACAGUAAACUCUACAGCAGUGGGUUUGGUUUUUGGUUUUAGUGGCUACCGUAUAGGAGAGUACAGAUACAGAACUCUGCCAUCAUUGUAGAAAGUUUUAUUGGACAGCUCUGCUUUAGAGUGUUGACCUUAUCUGCAGGGUAUAAUCUGGCUCACCAGCAUCGUGUCCAUGUUCUAGCCCACAAGAAGCUCAGAUAGCUUCCUUUUUAGGAAUUGAGCAUGGAGUUGCAAACAUCAUUUCCUCUCGUAGCCCACUGGGCAGAACUUAGUUACAGCGCCACACCUAGAAUAUGUAGAACUUGCUGGGUGGUCAUAUACCCAGAUAAUACUUGUGGAGAGGUGGUCUUUUAGUAAAAGCAGAAGAGAAGUGAGGAUAUUGAGGGACAAUUAAUGUCUUCUGCAUAUGUAAUUCUGGAUUUACGUUGUUCUUAUGACUAGCAGUACAAAAGAAAAAGUCUCUCUUUCCUGGUUCCGGAAAUAAUCUUGUUAACCUGGCUUGGGUCACAUGUCCGUUCCUGAACCAGCCACUGCCUCUAGGUCAUGUCUUUUCACCCCAUGUAACAGAUUAGGAAAAGUUAUCCCCACUUGAGCCUCAUAGAAUGGUUUCCCAAAGAAAGAGGGUUUCUGUUGCCAAAAAGGUGGAGUGUGAGAGUGAGAAGGAAGAGAGUGCUGGACAUUCUUGUAACCCCCAUGACAAAAAUUUUAAUUAGUGCUUACUAUGUGCCAGGGUCGUUGUAAUGCCUUAUAUACAGUCUCCUUUAAGAGCAAUUCUGAGAGGUAGAGUUUUUCGAUGUUUUAUGAUUGAAGAUGUUAAGGCAAAAAAUGAGUAAGCUGCUCCAGUUCAUAGUAAAUGAUCAAAAUGUAAUACAGACAUGAGCAUUUUCACGCUAAACUCUGCUGUUUUUACCUUCCAUAUUCCGCUGCCUCACUCUACUAUUCUUUUAUGGCCACCUUAGUAAUUGCUAAAAAAAAGUAUGUUUUGUAUAAAUUUCGGAGCGCAUAGCUCAUUCUGUCUUGCACUUAGGUUCUGUUUAUAGAUUUAUAUGUAAUGAUUUAUUCCUGGGUCACUACACAUAAGUAGUAGUAGUAGUUCUGGAAUGCUUAGGAGUUGGUUAGAAUACCAGAUUAUAAGACUCCCUCCAAAAACGACUUUAUCCAAGGGUAGCUGGUUAAUGUUGUUCUAUUACGUAUUGUUGUUUCUCUAAUCUCCAUCUUGGAAGACUUCAUGUGAAUGGUUUAGAUAUGGCUUCCACAGAUUGUAAGUAGCAUACUAUUUACCAAUUCUGGAACUUCAGAUCAAAAUUCUUGUAGAUGACCUUUUUCAUCAUAGUGCUCAAAGUGUGAAAUAUGAAUGUUUUAGAUCCUGCUGUCUUCCUUAAUUCAUGCUCUCAGGUAAAGAUGACAUGUAAGCUGAAUCUCUGAGAACCUCAUAGAAAAGUGACAGGAUAAAACCUUCUUUCUGGGGUGGUCAGAUGAGAUAAUGUAUGUGAAAACAUUUUGUGAACUAUAAGGAUCUCUGCAAAUACUAGUUAAGACUGAAGCAUGAAGAAAAAUGGAGAGCUUUGUGAAAAUGGGGUUAAUGACUAGUAAGAUGUUUGGCUGUUUUUAAUACAAUUUAACGCCUGUAAUUUAGAAACACUUUACUCUUUCAUUUUCCUUUUCAAUUUCAUUUGAUUUGAUUAUUUUAUUGAAUUUAUAGAUUGCCAGUAAAGCUUUUCAGCUGUAAUUGUGCAUGUGGAUUAAUUUAUUUUAGGUAGAGAUAAUAUGUUUCUCUGUAUGGAAUUGGAAGUUUUUAUUGUAGUAGACUGAAAAUUUUUACUUAAAUGAAGUUUUUUUCUUUACUGAUUGCUCAGGUUGUUACUUUCUAUAUGUGAAGGAACUUCCUGAUCUUUUUGGUUAAAUUAAUUACAAAUUAUACUUGUUUUUAAUACUGCUAAAUAGUAUAGGACUUUUUUCACUAUUAAUAUUAUAUUAUUAAAUAUAUUGAAUUUUAACUGAAUUACUCUUCUUUCUCUUAUUGUUUGGCUUCUACUUACACAUCCUUUGUUUUAAGGAAGAACCCAAAAUGAUGUAUGGUAUUUGCAGAACUAGCAUCAAAUUGAAAGUGUUCACUUUGGAAUACUUUAUAAUAAAGAUCAUAUUUCUUCAAGACUAAAUUAUGUUUUAAAUUUUUGAAAAUAAAAUCUGAGAUAAAUUCUUUACCAUCCCUCAUCUGUUUAUUCCUUAUCAAACACUCAUCAAGCUAUUGCUAUGAGCUAUGCUAUCGAGUGGGUAAGUACUUGGUGACAUUAAGGAGCUAAAAAUACUAGUGAUAGAGACAGACUUGUAAAACAGGUAUGCACCCACUCCUCACUUAUUGCUGUGGUUAGGUUCCAAAGACCAAGUCAUUGUGCAAAAAUUGGCCUUAUGUGAAAAUAGAGGAUUUGUUUUUCCAUUUUCAGACUUUCCAUUUGUCUGAUUUUUUUUUCUUAUUUAGAAAAUAUGAUUAUAGAAAUAAUAACAGCUAGGAUUUACUGAUAUGCUGAUCAGUGUGAUGUGUCCAGUAAUUUAUUAUCUGUCUAUAGAGAAGGAGGCUUGGAGGAGACAAAGUUGGAUAAAGCCAGGCUGUGUGACAUUACUUAACCACUUCAUCUUCCUCCUGUACUGGGUCAGAGCUUCCCUUGAGGAGCGACCUCCAGGGCUCCACUUCCACCCCUGCAAGCCCUGCAUUCACAAUCCUGGAGCUUGCUCUGUCCUCCAGGCUGGCCUGCUGUCUUCUUGGAGGCUGUAGCUGGGGAGUAGGCUAGACCUGGUGUCCCUGCUGGCUGGAGGGAGUGGGGGGCACAGGGCAGCUCGGCCUAGGGCAGUUCAGCCUAGCUUCCCAGAAGCCACUCGGGGACGCUCCUUUAGGGAGGGGACUCUCCGCAGCCCUUGCUGCCAAGCCUGCUGCCUCGUUAAUGCACAAAAUAGUCGGAUAGUAGAUUUUUUUUUUACCAUUGUUGUAAAUGAGAAAUGUCAGAUAAUGAGAUAGUUGAUAAAUUAGGAGUAGUGUAUUACAGUGUAGUUGAUGUAUUAAAAAUUUUUUUCAGAAGGAACAUCAUCCACACAUAUAAAAGCCUGCAUGGAGAAGAAGACCACAGGCUAUGGGAAACGCAACCCCAGGAAAAUAAAUCUUUUAGACAGAUUUUUAAAGGCUGCGUUUCUGAACAUCUUGAUGAAGCUACAAAAGCCACAGAGUGUCUCUUACAAAUAAGAGUUAAUAAAGGCACUUUGCACUUUUACAUCCCAGUGUGCAUGAGGGAUAAAGUAAGUUGCAUUUUCCCCCACACGAAUAGUAUAACAGAGAUUAAAAGACAAACAAACUUGAACAUAUUCAGAGAAUAUCUGAAGACUUUAGAAUGUGUUAUUUGUGGAAAUACUGAAUGAACAGAAUUAAUUUGUAUGAAGUAAGGAGACUCUGGAAUAUGGUAACUAUCUUCACCUGUAAUGUGACAGUGAACAUUUUAUGAUUCUCCUAAAUGAGUAGAGCUAUAACUUGAAUGGAAAUAAUGGGGUUGAAUAGAUUUGGGGCCAGUGUUUGGAACUUUAUAACAGCUUUCUGGAGAGUUUUUUUUUUUUUUUUUUAACACCACAUCUUAACGUUUAAGCGUAUGCUGAGGGGUUGAGAUUCUGUAAUGAAGAUUGCACAAAGGAUUAGUUGUGUGGGUUAAAUGACCUUUUAGGAUUAGAUUCUGGAUUAAAUUUUGGGUAUUUAAAUAGAAUAUGUACUGGUUCUUAAAUUUCCCUAGAAUUUUAAAAUUUAUACUACAGAGGGAGAGAUAAGAGUAAUGGGAAAUGCACGUACUUCUCUUCCCCGUUCAUUUCCUUUCCUAGGAAUGAUGAAACAAACCAUAUUUCUGUGGCUUCUCUGCUGUAGGCUGAGCAGAUGCUACUAGGGUUCUAGAUAAAAUGGUACAGUGUCAAAGAUUUGAACAGGCUGUUUUCUAAAUCUCAGAAUCUUUAAAAUGUAUUCCUAACUCAUUUUGUGGACUGUUCUUUCACUUGUACCUUUUCUUUCUGUUUUCUUACUCUGUACCCGUAUAACCGCCUUAUAGUCCCAAGAUCCUCUCCUCCACCUGAUUCUGCUUUCUAGCUCCAGCCAAAACUCCAGUACCUGAGUUCUCUUGACCUGAUCCAAGUACUAUAAUAUACUUCAGUUGCGUAUGUGGGAGAUGUUUCCAUAGGAGGAAAAUUUCAACAGAUCUUCUUGUCUUUUAUACCAAGACAUAAAAAAAAAAGUGGUAUUGCAAUUGUUUGUCUUUUAUGCAUAAGCAAAUUUGCUUUGUGUCCAGUGGAGCCCAGAAGAGGACCUAUUUAUUGGCUUAGGCAGCUUUGAAUGUUGAGGUACAUAAAUCUUAAUCAAGUGCUGAAGUCCUCCUGACCUCACUACCAUAAGCAGAAGUUUCUCUGAGAAUCUUAAUUACACAGUUAGGAAGUAGAGUCAGAUUCCAAUUUCAUUAAACCCCAGGCAUGUGAGCACUUGUUGAUUUCCGUGCAUGACAAAAAAUUAUAUUGUUCUGAGAAUAAUCCAUUGUCUUUGUAUUUAUUUUCUUACCAAUAUUUCUCUUAUAAAAAGCAUGAUGAGGAAGGAGUUUGAAGCUGAGUUGGGCAGUAAUGAGGAAUGAGUUUGAAACUGCUUUAUUACCGUGACUUUGGUAAAGUUACUCCAUGUUCUUCAUCCAUGUUGGGCUGAAUGAUUCCUUUCUAACAGAAUUUUUAUAAAGAAUGGAAAUAAUCUAUAUAUCUAUACUGUCUUACACAUUAGAGGUAUUCAUUAAUUAUUACAUGUUAUUCUGGAAUGUAAUAAUUAAUGAGUACCUCCAGUGUUCAAACCCUGUAAAGACUGUUGGUGUGUGCCGUCUAGUUGAUUCUGACUUGUAGCAGCCUUCAUAGGACAGAAAGAACUGCCCCAUCGGGUUUCCUGGGCUGUAAUCUUUAUGGGAAACAAUUACACCACCAGGGCUUCUCCCGUAAAGAUUCAGCCUAGAAAACCUUAUGGAGUUCUGCUCUGUCACAUGGGAUUGCUGUGAGUUGGAAUCGACUUGAUAGCACCUAACAGCGCCACUCUGGAAUGAAAUUACCCUUGUUCUUUUCUAGUCAGGAGCAGGUUUCUUCACCUUUUUUUGGGUCAUGGAUUUUAGUGAGAUUCUGAUGAAAUACGUGAACCUUUUCUCCUCUGAAAUGUACAUAUAGCAUUUUGCAAUUUGUUUCAGGGGGUAUAGAGUGUUUGAGAUCUGUGAACCAUGGGUUUGGAGUUUUAGGUCAAGAAUAUUGGAUUUCAUCUUUUAUCCACUGAGGAGUUCAUUAACUUCCUGUGCUUUUAUCACCUUUAAAAUUAAAAAGUAAAUAAUCUUUUCUAAAUUUUCACCCCCAAUAAUCACACUAAUAACUACAGAUUUUUUCUUCCAAGAGUUGCCAUCAUAAGUAUUGAGAAAAAUUUUUUUUGAAUAAUAAUUAAUUACUAAACCUGCUGCCAUUGAUUCCAACUUGUAACGACCCUAUAGGCAGAGUGGAACUGCCCCAUAGGGUUUCCAAGGAGCGACUGAUGAAUUUGAGCUGCCAGCCGUUUGGUUAGCUGUUGAGCUUUUAACCACUGCACCACCAGGGCUCCAAUAAUUUAUUAGGAAGUUUUAAAUUGCUAUCAACCUUCAAGUAUUCUUUUUCUUUCUGAAGCCAUUGGAAUUUUGACUCAGAGAAAAAGCUAGUUAAGAGAUCACUGGUUUUUAUAGACUUUUUUUCCCCCUGGAGGAGUGAAACUUGUUUUAUGGAAAGAAAAGGUGUCCUUAGUUAACAAAUAUUUCCUACCUUGUAUGUUUAACAGCAAACUAUGAAGGUAUAAUUUUAUUUCUUCAGGCCUAUUUUAUAGUUGUUGACCUUAUUUCUUUUAAAUAUGGUGGAUUGAACAUCCUCUUUUACCUUUCUUUCCUCCCACAGUCCCACCGAUACUUUGUAAAGGUUGAAGUAAACCACAAUUCUCAAAAGCAGGAAGAGAUGUUCUUAGUCAAACUAUGUUACAGAGGAGCAAAAUAACUUCAUUAGUUCUGUAACUUUUAUGUGUGCUUGUGUGUGUGUAUGCAGGAAAGGGUAGAAAAUCUGACUUGGGCGUGGAUAGAUCCAGACUUAAAUAAUGUCAUCAGUACUUUUUCUCUCAAUAUUUUUGGCCUUUUUUUUUUUUUAACCUCCCUGUAUUUGCUUCGUUUUCAGCUAUGCAAAUAUGGCUGGCACUCAGAGGAGAGGGGAAUAUAAUAUUUUAGCCAGACGUGGGUUGUUUGGUCAAUCCUGUGGUGGCUGGGAAGGAUCACCCAAACCACAUAGAAUAUGUUCCCCACAAAAAGGAGGGAUUAUGUUGCUAGAAAAAGGGGGCGGGGAGAAAGCACGUUGAGCAGUAAAAUUACAGUUCACAGUCCACUACAGGUACCAUCAGAGGACCAGAAAUUUUGAAGAAGAUAGAAAGAUCACGGAAUCAGAUUGACAGCAAAAUCCCAGAGGAAACUGGAAUCCAAGAUACCAGAGGUGGAGUCUUUCAUUUUGGAUCAAGAUGAUUUGGAAAAUCCAAUGCUGGAAACUGCUUCCAAGUUACUCUUGUCGGGAACUGCUGAUGGCGCAGACCUCAGGACAGUAGAUCCAGAAACACAGGCUCGACUGGAAGCUUUACUAGAAGCUGCAGGAAUAGGCAAAUUGUCCACAGCUGAUGGUAAAGCCUUUGCAGACCCUGAAGUUCUUCGGAGAUUGACCUCGUCUGUUAGUUGUGCGUUGGAUGAAGCUGCUGCUGCACUUACUCGUAUGAGAGCUGAGAGCACAGCAAAUGCAGGGCAGUCGGACAACCGCAGUUUAGCAGAAGCUUGUUCAGAAGGAGAUGUAAAUGCUGUGCGCAAGUUACUCAUUGAAGGACGAAGUGUAAAUGAACACACCGAAGAAGGGGAGAGCCUCCUUUGUUUAGCUUGUUCUGCUGGAUACUAUGAGCUUGCACAGGUUUUAUUAGCAAUGCAUGCAAAUGUGGAAGAUAGGGGAAUCAAAGGUGACAUUACACCUUUAAUGGCUGCUGCUAAUGGGGGACAUGUCAAAAUCGUGAAGCUGCUGCUGGCUCAUAAAGCUGACGUCAAUGCACAGUCUUCAACAGGCAAUACAGCACUUACAUAUGCUUGUGCUGGAGGCUAUGUAGAUGUUGUAAAGGUGCUCUUGGAAUCCGGUGCUAGUAUUGAGGACCAUAAUGAAAAUGGUCAUACUCCUCUUAUGGAAGCUGGAAGUGCUGGACAUGUGGAAGUAGCCAGAUUGCUGCUAGAAAAUGGGGCUGGCAUUAAUACGCAUUCCAAUGAAUUUAAAGAGAGUGCACUUACAUUAGCUUGUUAUAAAGGACACCUAGAGAUGGUGCGAUUUCUUUUGGCAGCAGGCGCGGAUCAAGAGCAUAAAACAGAUGAAAUGCAUACUGCUCUAAUGGAGGCUUGCAUGGAUGGCCAUGUUGAAGUAGCUAGGUUACUUCUUGACAGUGGUGCCCAGGUGAACAUGCCUGCUGAUUCAUUUGAGUCACCGUUGACUUUGGCUGCAUGUGGUGGGCAUGUGGAGCUUGCAGCUUUGCUUAUUGAAAGAGGAGCUAGCCUGGAAGAGGUCAAUGAUGAAGGUUAUACACCAUUGAUGGAAGCAGCUCGUGAAGGACAUGAAGAGAUGGUGGCAUUACUUCUUGGCCAAGGAGCAAAUAUCAAUGCACAGACAGAAGAAACUCAAGAAACUGCCUUGACUCUGGCUUGCUGUGGAGGCUUCCUGGAAGUGGCUGACUUUCUAAUUAAGGCAGGAGCUGAUAUAGAACUAGGCUGUUCUACCCCUUUAAUGGAAGCUGCUCAAGAGGGUCAUUUGGAAUUAGUUAAAUACUUAUUAGCUGCAGGAGCUAAUGUCCAUGCAACCACGGCAACAGGGGAUACAGCACUAACAUAUGCCUGUGAAAAUGGUCAUACUGAUGUGGCAGAUGUCUUACUUCAGGCAGGGGCAGAUCUGGAGCAUGAAUCUGAAGGUGGAAGGACUCCUUUAAUGAAAGCUGCAAGAGCUGGUCAUGUUUGUACUGUUCAGUUCUUAAUUAGCAAAGGAGCGAAUGUGAAUAGAACCACAGCUAAUAAUGACCAUACUGUACUGUCCCUGGCUUGUGCAGGGGGUCAUCUGGCAGUGGUGGAACUACUUUUGGCUCAUGGGGCAGAUCCUACUCACCGUUUAAAAGAUGGUUCAACUAUGUUGAUAGAAGCAGCAAAAGGUGGUCAUACAAGUGUCGUUUGCUAUCUUUUGGACUAUCCAAAUAACUUGUUGUCAGCCCCUCCACCAGAUGUCACUCAGUUAACCCCCCCGUCCCAUGAUUUAAAUAGGGCUCCUCGUGUACCUGUUCAAGCACUGCCCAUGGUUGUCCCACCUCAGGAGCCUGACAAACCACCUGCCAAUGUUGCCACUACUCUUCCCAUCAGGAAUAAAGCUGCUUCUAAACAAAAGUCCAGCAGCCAUUUGCCAGCAAACAGCCAGGAUGUACAGGGUUACAUCACCAAUCAGUCUCCAGAGAGCAUUGUAGAAGAGGCUCAGGGAAAGUUAACAGAACUGGAACAGAGGAUAAAAGAAGCCAUAGAAAAGAAUGCACAGCUGCAGUCCUUGGAACUGGCUCAUGCUGACCAACUUACCAAGGAGAAGAUCGAGGAGCUGAACAAAACGAGGGAGGAGCAAAUUCAGAAGAAACAAAAGAUCUUGGAGGAACUACAGAAAGUAGAAAGAGAAUUACAACUGAAAACUCAACAGCAGCUAAAAAAGCAGUAUCUAGAGGUUAAAGCUCAAAGAAUUCAACUUCAGCAGCAGCAGCAACAGUCUUGCCAACACUUGGGACUACUAACUCCUGUUGGGGUUGGAGAACAGCUUUCUGAGGGAGACUAUGCACGCUUACAGCAAGUGGAUCCCAUUUUGCUUAAAGAUGAACCCCAGCCGACUGUUGCUCAGAUGGGUUUUGCACCAAUCCAGCCUCUGGCGAUGCCUCAAGCUUUGCCUCUGGCAGCAGGUCCCUUGCCUCCAGGGUCCAUCGCAAAUCUUACAGAACUGCAAGGAGUGAUAGUUGGACAGCCAGUACUGGGCCAAGCACAGUUGGCAGGGCUGGGGCAAGGAAUACUGACAGAAACACAACAAGGGUUAAUGGUAGCCAGCCCUGCUCAGACCCUCAAUGACACGCUGGAUGACAUCAUGGCAGCAGUCAGUGGAAGAGCAUCUGCAAUGUCAAACACUCCUACCCACAGUAUUGCUGCUUCCAUUUCCCAACCUCAGACUCCAACUCCAAGUCCUAUCAUCUCUCCUUCAGCCAUGCUUCCUAUCUACCCUGCCAUUGAUAUUGAUGCACAGACUGAGAGUAACCAUGACACAGCGCUGACACUUGCCUGUGCUGGGGGCCAUGAGGAACUGGUACAAACUCUGCUAGAGAGAGGAGCUAGUAUUGAGCACCGAGAUAAGAAAGGUUUUACUCCACUCAUCUUGGCUGCUACAGCUGGUCAUGUUGGUGUUGUGGAAAUAUUGCUGGACAAUGGUGCAGACAUUGAAGCCCAGUCAGAAAGAACCAAGGACACACCACUGUCCUUGGCUUGUUCUGGGGGAAGACAGGAGGUGGUGGAGCUACUCUUAGCUCGAGGGGCAAAUAAAGAACACAGAAAUGUUUCUGAUUACACACCUCUGAGCCUGGCUGCUUCUGGUGGCUAUGUGAACAUCAUCAAAAUAUUACUAAAUGCAGGAGCCGAGAUUAAUUCUAGAACUGGUAGCAAAUUGGGCAUUUCUCCUCUGAUGUUAGCAGCUAUGAAUGGACACACAGCUGCUGUUAAGCUCCUGUUAGACAUGGGCUCUGAUAUAAAUGCUCAAAUAGAAACCAAUCGGAACACUGCCCUUACCUUAGCCUGCUUCCAAGGAAGAACUGAAGUGGUUAGUCUUCUGCUUGAUAGAAAAGCAAACGUUGAACACAGAGCUAAGACUGGCCUCACACCACUAAUGGAAGCUGCCUCUGGUGGAUAUGCAGAGGUGGGCCGAGUUCUUUUGGAUAAAGGUGCUGAUGUUAAUGCCCCUCCGGUGCCCUCCUCGAGAGACACAGCUUUAACCAUAGCAGCAGAUAAAGGGCAUUAUAAAUUCUGUGAGCUUCUUAUUGGCAGGGGAGCUCAUAUUGAUGUGCGUAACAAGAAGGGGAACACUCCGUUGUGGCUGGCAGCAAAUGGCGGACACCUAGAUGUGGUCCAGUUACUGGUACAAGCAGGUGCAGAUGUGGAUGCAGCAGAUAACCGCAAGAUAACUCCUCUUAUGGCAGCAUUUAGAAAGGGUCAUGUGAAGGUGGUACGCUACUUAGUCAAAGAAGUCAAUCAGUUUCCAUCAGAUUCUGAAUGUAUGAGAUACAUAGCAACCAUCACUGAUAAGGAGAUGUUGAAGAAGUGUCAUCUUUGUAUGGAAUCCAUAGUACAAGCCAAAGAUAGACAGGCUGCUGAAGCAAACAAAAAUGCCAGUAUUUUGUUAGAGGAGUUAGACUUGGAAAAGUUAAGGGAAGAAAGCCGGAGGCUGGCUCUGGCUGCCAAAAGAGAAAAGAGAAAGGAGAAGAGAAGGAAGAAAAAGGAAGAACAAAGAAGAAAACUAGAAGAAAUUGAAGCCAAAAAUAAAGAGAAUUUUGAACUCCAAGCUGCUCAAGAGAAAGAAAAACUUAAAGUUGAAGAUGAGCCUGAAGUCUUGACAGAGCCUCCAAGUGCCACAACCACUACUACCAUAGGUAUAUCUGCAACCUGGACAACUUUGGCAGGUUCUCAUGGUAAAAGAAAUAAUACCAUAACUACAGCUAGUUCAAAGAGGAAAAGCAGGAAAAAUAAAAUUACUCCAGAAAAUGUUCAAAUUAUAUUUGAUGAUGAUCCACUACCAAUUUCAUACAGUCAGCCAGAAAAAGUAAACGGCGAAUCCAAGAGCAGCAGCACCAGUGAGAGUGGGGACAGUGAUAAUAUGAGGAUUUCCAGCUGUAGUGAUGAAAGUAGUAACAGCAACAGCAGCCGGAAAAGUGACAAUCAUUCACCAGCUGUGGUCACUACCACCGUGACCAGCAAGAAGCAGCCAUCAGUUCUGGUUACGUUUCCAAAGGAGGAGAGAAAAUCUGUUUCUGGCAAGACUUCAAUAAAAUUGUCAGAGACUAUCAGUGAAGUGACCAGUAAUUCUCUGUCCACUUGCACAAAAUCUGGUCCAUCUCCCCUGUCCUCUCCAAAUGGGAAGUUAACAGUAGCAAGUCCUAAGCGUGGACAAAAGAGGGAAGAAGGAUGGAAAGAAGUUGUAAGAAGGUCAAAGAAAGUAUCUGUUCCAUCGACUGUGAUAUCCAGAGUGAUUGGAAGAGGAGGUUGUAAUAUCAACGCCAUUCGGGAGUUCACUGGUGCACACAUAGAUAUUGAUAAGCAGAAAGACAAGACGGGAGACCGGAUAAUAACUAUAAGGGGUGGCACUGAAUCAACAAGACAAGCAACUCAGUUGAUCAAUGCUCUGAUCAAGGAUCCAGACAAAGAAAUUGAUGAACUUAUUCCAAAGAACCGUUUGAAAAGCUCCUCGGCAAAUUCCAAAAUCGGGUCAUCAGCACCUACCACCACUGCUGCUAACAGUUCCCUAAUGGGAAUUAAAAUGACAACUGUAGCUCUCUCAUCAACAUCUCAAACUGCCACAGCACUCACUGUGCCUGCAAUUUCUUCUGCAUCCACUCACAAAACCAUUAAGAACCCAGUGAAUAAUGUGAGGCCUGGUUUUCCGGUUUCUCUUCCAUUAGCGUAUCCUCCUCCACAGUUGGCACAUGCUUUGCUUGCUCAGACUUUUCAGCAGAUCCGUCCACCAAGGUUGCCCAUGACCCACUUUGGAGGUACUUUUCCACCAGCUCAAUCCACUUGGGGUCCUUUUCCUGUCAGGCCUUUGAGCCCUGCCAGAGCUACUAACUCGCCUAAGCCUCACAUGGUGCCUCGCCAUAGCAAUCAGAACAGCAGUGGUUCUCAGGUGAAUUCAGCAGGUUCUUUAACUUCAAGUCCAACAACUACAACCAGUUCAUCAGCUUCAACGGUGCCUGGUACAUCUACAAAUGGCAGUCCAAGUUCACCUUCAGUCAGAAGGCAGCUCUUUGUUACAGUUGUGAAGACAUCCAAUGCCACCACCACAACAGUCACAACCACAGCAAGCAACAACAGCACUGCACCCACAAAUGCCACAUAUCCUAUGCCUACUGCCAAAGAACACUACCCAGCAUCAUCCCCAUCUUCCCCAUCUCCACCAGCUCAGCCAGGAGGGGUUUCUAGAAACAGCCCAUUGGAUUGUGGAACAGCAUCUCCAAAUAAAGGAGCAUCUUCCUCUGAACAAGAAGCAGGUAGUCCACCAGUAGUAGAAACAGCAAACAGUAGACCUCCAAACAAUAGCAGUUCUUCUGGGAGUUCAUCAGUUCAUUCUACUCAACAGCAGCCUCCGGGAUCUGUUUCUCAGGAGCCAAGGCCACCUCUCCAGCAGUCUCAGGUUCCUGCCCCGGAAGUCAGAAUGACAGUUCCUCCUUUAGCAACAAGUUCUGCUCCAGUGGCGGUGCCUUCUACUGCCCCAGUGACUUACCCUAUGCCUCAGACACAAGUGGGAUGUUCCCAGCCUGCUCCUAAAAUGGAAACCCCUGCUAUUAGACCAACCUCUCAUGGCACAACUGCCCCUCACAAGAAUCCAGCUCCAGUGCAGAAUUCAUCUGUUGCAGUCCUUAGUGUCAAUCACAUUAAAAGACCUCACAGUGUUCCCUCUUCUGUCCAGCUACCUUCAACCUUAAGUACACAAAGUGCUUGUCAGAAUUCAGUACAUCCAGCAAAUAAGCCUAUUGCUCCCAAUUUCAAUGCCCCUUUACCAUUUGGGCCCUUUAGCACGUUGUUUGAAAACAGCCCUACUUCUGCUCAUGCCUUCUGGGGAGGAUCUGUUGUUUCAUCUCAGUCAACACCAGAAUCUAUGAUAUCAGGAAAAUCCUCGUAUUUGCCAAAUUCAGAUCCUUUGCAUCAGCCUGAUACUUCCAAAGCUCCAGGUUUCAGACCACCAUUACAGAGACCCGCUCCAAGUCCCUCAGGUAUUGUCAAUAUGGAUUCGCCAUAUGGUUCUGUAACACCUUCUACACAUUUGGGAAACUUUGCCUCAAACCUUUCAGGAGGUCAAAUGUAUGGACCUGGGGCACCCCUUGGAGGAGCACCCACAGCUGCUAACUUUAACAGACAACAUUUUUCCCCACUUAGUUUGUUGACUCCAUGUUCAUCAGCAUCAAAUGAUUCCCCUGCACAGUCUGUAUCCUCUGGAGUACGUGCACCAUCUCCUGCCCCAUCACAAGUACCAUUAGGGUCAGAAAAGCCCAGCAACGUCUCUCAGGACAGGAAAGUUCCAGUCCCUAUUGGGACUGAACGUUCUGCUCGUAUCAGGCAAACUGGAACUUCAGCUCCAUCUGUUAUUGGGAGUAAUUUGUCCACAUCAGUAGGGCAUAGUGGCAUCUGGUCCUUUGAAGGGAUUGGUGGCAAUCAAGACAAAGUAGACUGGUGUAAUCCCGCGAUGGGAAACCCUAUGAUUCACAGGCCAAUGUCUGAUCCAGGAGUGUUUUCACAGCAUCAAGCAAUGGAGCGAGAUAGUACAGGAAUUGUAACUCCUUCUGGUACAUUCCAUCAGCAUGUUCCUGCAGGAUACAUGGACUUCCCUAAAGUUGGGGGUAUGCCUUUUUCUGUGUAUGGGAAUGCAAUGAUUCCUCCAGUAGCACCAAUCCCUGAUGGUGCUGGAGGACCCAUAUUUAACGGCCCUCAUGCUGCAGACCCCUCUUGGAACUCACUGAUCAAGAUGGUUUCCAGCUCCACGGAAAAUAACGGCCCUCAAACGGUGUGGACUGGACCCUGGGCACCUCACAUGAAUAGUGUGCAUAUGAACCAGCUUGGCUGACGAAGAUCAGCUUGUAGCCUGCAGAUCCUUUUCAUUCAGAGGAAAUCACAAGUGGCCGAAAAAAAUUUAUGCUCCCAAAUCAUUCUACUGAUGUGCUUGACUGAAGUGUGUAGGCUUUUUGCAGAAGAACUUACUAACUGACCUAUUUUCUGUGAACAUUUGUGACUGCCCAUUCCCCAUCAUCAUCCGUUUUACCUUAGUUAGCAUUUUUCUUAUCAUUUUUCUUUUUUUCUUUCCCUCUUCCCCUUUGGACAUAACUUUCUGUUGAAGCUGUUCUUUGGCUGGUUGGUUUUAGUACUGUAAACUGCUUCUGAGCAAACACGGAAAUUUAGCAAAAUUAUGUAAACUUGAUCCUGAAGUUUUAGAAUGGCAAAUAAAUGUACAAUUGUUUACAUAACAGAAGAGGCUAAGCAGAAAGUAAAUUUCAAUAUGUCAGUAUAGAGGCUCUACUUUCUGUAGACUUAAAUUAAUGUGAGAUAUGUACCUUCAUAUUCAGAAAUCUGGAUGUUUCCUUCAUACAUUAAACUAUUAAUAAGCAUAACUUUUCUACUUGUGUAAUUUAAGGAUAAAGUAAAAAAACAUGGGCAUUAUCAGUGGGUGUUUCCCUAUGUUGGUUUCUAAAAUACCCAACUUGUUCUCUUUUGGGUUUUUUUUUUUUUUUUUAGCAAGGCACACAUAGAAGGAAUUUCCCACUUUUCCAUGUCUUAUUACCUUUUCAUACUUUAAACAUCAUACACACUUCUCUCUUCAGCUUUUUCUCUCUUCACUAUUACCACUAAUACCAGUAAAAUUCUCUUGCUGACAGUGAAACAAUUCUGUAAACAUUUCCACUAUAAUGGCUGCUACACAGAGAGAGAGAGAGCACCUUCAUUGUUAACCUUAAAAUGUUUAGACUUUGAAAGUUUCCAAAGCCACUUCUGGUUCCCAGUAAUACAGAAACUCUUAAUAGGUUGUUUAUUAUUAAAUAAUUCAGUGUAACAUUUUAUAUUGGAUAAUAUUGAUUCUUAACAUUGGCUUUCCAGGAAUCAGGUCAGCAUAAAAAUUCCAGUUUUUAGUAACUUAGUAGAAAGUAUCUAAGUUUCUUUUAUCUCCAAUCUUAGAGACUUCUUGUUCUCCACACGUGUAUAUUAUCAGUGAAAAGGAUCAGCAGCUAACCCAGGCAAAUAAAAGAAAUUUUGCAUUUGGCAUUAAGACAAUGUAUUAUAGAUACAUGAAUACAUGAUGAUAAUACAAAGUCUCCAUUUAACCUGUUUAUAUAAGGUACAGGGCCACACUAAACUACUCAGUGAGAUUUAUAUAUUCCAUCCACUUGAAACAAUAAACAGUAAUGUAUCCAAGAAGAA